AUGUUCACCUAUCGCCUGAAACUGAUGAUCCUGCUGGGCCAACUGCUGAUGUUGGGCAUCCAGUCUUAUCCUUUGGGAGACGAUCUGUCCUCCAGUGUGGUCCAUUCGGCUGGCCUCUUGGGUCAUUAUGCCGGCGGCCUGACUGGCGGCGAGGCAUUGUCCAAACUGGACUUUAGCUCGUCGUCUCAUGAAUUUGGUGCUUCCGGAGAUCAGGAUCAUUUGGGCUCACUGGGUGAUCAUCUGGGCGAGGAGAGUUUCCCCUCGGAUUAUGGCAGCAGUGAUGCCGGCGAGGAGUAUGCCGAGGCCAGCGAAGUUCAUUCCCAUUAUGAGGAUCAUAAGGCUGUGCCCGGCAUCGAUCAUGGCAAGGGUGCCUUUAGCUACAGCACCCUGUACGAAUUCAAGGAUCGGGAUGAGCAUGAGCUUCAUCACCUUCAGCACCAGGCACUCGAACAGCAGGUGGAACAUCAGGCGGAGCAUGACCACCAUCUGGAGCACCAUCAUCUGGAGCAUCUCUACUAA